AUGCCACCACGGAGAUCAACACGCCGCGGCGCUACCCGCAAAAGUUAUACAGAAGAUGCAUUUGAAGCAAUCGGAUUGGAGGAUGACGAAGGACCCGGAGAAUCAACUUCACCCAAAGAACCACCGGAUAAAUCGAGGAAACGUCGGAGAGAUGAGUCAGAUGACGAGUUCAAUGAAGAAGAUGCAGCCGCAGCUUCGGCUGAAGAGGAGUAUUUGAAGGAGGAGGAUGAAGAAGAAGAAGAAGAAGAAGCUGACGACGAUCUCAAAGAUGAAGCCGCCGGGGAUAUCAAUGGUGGCGGUGGCGCUGACGUUACACCUGCUGCUAAGCUCUCAAAGUUGUCGAUUGCUGGUAGUCGUGGUAGUCGCACCCCUACCAGUAACACUGCUAGGCUUAGAAGAGACGAUGGGUCAACUCUCUUCAAGCCGAAUGAUACCCAUACUCGUGGCGCGUAUAACCCGUCCGAACAUGUUGGGAAAUCAAUGCAUAUUAAGCUAUCGUUUGGUGUGGAUAAUCGCGAUCUUCUUGCAGCAACAGCAGCGAGAACGCAGUGGUCUCUGGGGAUCGAUGCUACAUUUCCUACAAGAGCGUCGUUAGAAAGGGUGCCCAGUGCUGAUGAAUACGGCCCUGGAGCGACACAUGGAAUAUCGGCUGAAGAACUCGAGCGUGAAGCUACUGAAGCAUGGGAUUGGUAUUAUGAUGCUGAUCAUGGAUCUAGGUUCAGAAAGAGACAGCGAGUGGAAAGGAUUGAUAGGCAGCGAGUGGAGCAGAAGUUUCUAUAUAAACCACGCAAAACCAGCCACAAGAUCAUAUACGGACCAAGCGAAAAUUUAGCGACGGCUCAUUUGCGUCAAUAUGAGUCGCUAAAUUUUGGAGAUGCAUGGAAAUAUCGCGAUGAAACGCAUAAGACUGGUAAUACGGUUGACGCCACGAAGAAGGGCAAGGGGCGACCUAAAAAAGUGUCAGAAGAUCUCCACUCUCCACGUGUGAUUGAAGCAAUUGAAGACGAAUCUUCCGGAGCUCAAACAGGUCAAAGACGAAAAAAUCGGUAUGGAUGGAUAUUGAAUCUCUCCGGAAAAGUGCAGGCGUUGGGUUGGGCCCCGAAUCAAGAUGGAUUGACACAAUAUCUUGCAGUGUCAGUGCCAAUCAGCCCUGAACAAGAGAUGCAGCAUGAUCCUCCUGAACCGCCUGUUGCAUCUCGCGCUUUCUCUGUUUCUCCACCGUAUCCAGGAGCCAUACAAAUUUGGUCCUUUAAUACUGAGGAGCGGAGGGACGGUAUCAUCAAGACGGUAGACAUUAAUAGCAGGCCAAAGUUACAGCAAGUUCUGUGUAUGGAAUUUGGGAACAUAAGAAAGAUUCGUUGGUGUCCAUUUCCUCGAAGACAACGUGACAAGGACAUUGAUAGUCGCAGACAUGACUUGGGGUUGCUAGCCUGUGUUUUUUCAGAUGGUCGAACCAGAAUUAUUGAUGUCAAGGUGGACAGAGAUGCGGAAACCACAGAGUAUCUCCAGGUCAACUCCGCCGCAUUCACUGCUAUACCCUCGCCUACCAUCUCAAGUUGUAUGGCCUGGCUAUCACCUACCGAUAUAGCAAUUGGCUGCGCGAACGGCUGGGUCGCUGUAUACAAUAUCGCAACGUAUCAGACUACACCAAGCUCCCGUGGACAGGAAGACGAGCCUGUUCCUUAUAUGUAUAUUCCCAUUCACUCAACAUAUAUCACCAACAUCGAAACGGCAUAUCCUCAACAUCCACAUCUCAUAUCUACGGUAUCAAUGGACGGAAAUACAAGGCUUACCUCUCUACUCGACCCGAUCAAGGACGUAGUAGAUACACAAAGACAACGUCUAGGAACAAUGCAGAUAUCCUACUACCCUCAUUUUCAAGCAUUUGUGUCAAGUGACGAGAAUGACUUUGUCCGCGGCCUAUCCAUUCGUCGAUUCUAUACUUCUACCGCUAUCGGAAAGGUCCCGAGCACGAUAACGACCAUUGCAAGUGGCAGUCGCUGGCACCCAUCUGUCAUGUUGGGAUGUACGGAAGGUUCUAUAUGGUGCCUUAACCCUCUUCGUAGAUUUAUGCAUGCCAAGGAGUCACAUUUUCACGCGAGGUGGUUUCUGCAUGAAUGGGCCGCUGGGAAGGAUGAUCAAACCCCUAAUACGAGUCGAUUUACGGAUGACUUGGAAGUGGAAAGUCUGAGUUUAGUACGAAAUGCAAAGGAGGGAACGAAGAUUGUGAAUGGUGUGAUGACUAUUACGAUAUAUGACGAGGAACAGCAUGUUGUUGCUGUUGACUGGAAUCCUAAUCAGCAUUGUGCUGGUUGGGCAGCUGCUGGUAUGGGAUCGGGAUUGGUGCGAGUAGAAGAUUUGGCGAUGUUUCAUUAA